GCAUCAACACACCAGCAUUCACAAAACCAAAGGCUGUCCGAAGCUCGACACUGUAGGCGGUGCUUGUGGGGUAUGAGCCGCCACAAUGAGCGUCAUAUUGUGUACAGCCGGCUAUGACCACACUAUUAGAUUCUGGGAAGCACUCUCAGGGAUAUGUUCAAGAACAAUUCAGCAUCCGGAAUCCCAGGUGAACAGACUAUGCAUUACCCCAGACAAAAAGUACCUGGCCGCCGCAGGCCGUCACAUGGUGCGACUUUACGACAUCAAGUCCAGCAACCCGAACCCAAUCAUGCAGUUUGAGGGCCACACGAACAAUGUGACUGGAGUCGCAUUUCACUGUGAAGGAAAGUGGAUGGUGACUAGCUCUGAAGAUUGCACAGUAAGAGUGUGGGAUACCAGGUCGGGCAUGGUCCAGAGAAACUAUCAACACUCACAUCCGGUAAACGACGUAGUGAUUCAUCCAAACCAGGGGGAACUGGUCAGUUGCGACCGAGGAGGGAAUAUUCGCAUUUGGGAUUUGGGCGCAAGUAGAUGUACCCAUCAACUUGUGCCUGUGGAAGACAUCUCCAUGGCCAGCGUGAGCGUUGCGAGCGAUGGCUCUCUACUGGCUGCUGGAAACAAUCUGGGCGACGUCUACAUCUGGCGCGUGUACCAAAACCACGACUCAACCACCCUGCUCCCUUGCCGCGCAUUCAAAGCCCACAAGGAUUACCUCACCCGCCUUCUCUUGUCGCCAGAUAUAAAAUACCUCGCGACAUGUAGCUCCGACCAUACCGUGCGCGUCUGGAAGAUCGAUAUGAACGAGGAACAUCUCGAAGACAUCAAUGAACCACAAACCCCGCCAAUAUCACAACAGCAGCAUGACCCAUCAGCCAACCACACUGAAUCGACCCCAAACAACCCCAACACGAUCGUGCUCUCACAUUCCCAGCCCUCUUUCCCUAGUGCUGAGAUUGAUAAAAACGCCGACGACUCCUCUGACCCUAAACUGUCCCACUCAACUCCAUCACUCGCAUCGACUGCCUCCCAACAAUUCCGCCCCAUGACGGACCUGAUCUCCAUCCGCCGACCCCUCCCUUGUCACGCCAUCUUGGACAUCCACCAACGCUGGGUCUGGGACUGCGCCUUCAGCGCCGACUCCGCGUACCUCGUCACCGUCUGCUCCGACCAUUACGCUCGCCUGUGGGAGAUUCUCACGGGGAAGAUCAUCAGGCAGUAUAGCGGCCACCACAGGGGGGCAGUGUGCGUUGCGUUGAAUGAUUACAGCAAUCCGCCUUAGGGAACGGAUUGGGAGGUGGAGAACGGCGUGUAUGGGUUCGAGUGCGAGGAGAAUGGAUAUGGCAGCGGUGGGCUCGACACUGAGGACGACCAGGAUGGUGGAGUAGGGUUGAGUCUCUCCCGCUCCGGUCACGGUAAGGUACAUGGGAAGGAGAGAAGCUCUGUCACGCGCUCACCACCAAAACGAGGGACAGACUCGAGGCACUAAUCGUGCAGCCACGGGUCGUUCAGUGGCUUUUUGCUUUUUCUCUUGAGACGGGCGCGAUAUGGGGUCUGGGGUUCGGAGUUUGACAAGACUCUUCUGCUUGAAUAGUAGUCAAAGGACAACCGGCAAAGGGCCAUACGGUUAACGGAGCCUAACAUCAAUCACUGUGGAGUAGUACCCCAGCAGAGGUUGGCUAGUCAUCUCUUCUACGACCAAGGAUACAAUAGCUCACUGUACCAGAGUUGAAGUGAAUAUUGACUACGGAGGUAUUGCCGUUGGUUUCAGUAUGCUCUUAUCGUGCACUAUUAAUUUGUUUUGUUUUUGUUUUUCAGGGUCUGCAUAUAGUACCAUAAAAGAACACCUGCAAAUGAGGGAUCCUUGUAUAAUGCAAAGGC